AUGGAGCAUGAAUAUCCUUUUAUUCACAAUGAUCAAAAUCCAAUAUCAAGUUCUGGUUCAUCUAUGUUGCAACAAACUAGCGACUCUACAGAUGCUGCAGAAACAGCUACAAGAAUGAACCCUAGAAAGCAUGACAUUGUGCCACAAUUGACAAUGGCAGAGAAAACUUCCUUGCCGUUAAAAAAUGUGACAAAAAUCAUGAGAAAAGGUUUGCCACCAUACAUAAAAAUCUCUGAUGGAGCAAAGGAGAUGGCUGAACAAAGUGCCUCAAAGUUCAUUAGCAUGGUAACAAAAAAAGCCACUGAGCGUUGCCUAAGGGAGUCAAGAAAAACUUUAGGUGCUGAAGAUCUACUAUGGGCCAUGAUGGCUUUAGGUUACCAUAACUAUUUUAGGGUUCUGAGCUUUUAUCUCGAACGCUAUCGUUAUAGUAAUGGGACUAGGCCCUUGCAACUUGCUUAUGAGAUUCCAAACUCCAUCUUACCAUCUUGUGAGAUUUCUCAACAAGGUUUACCACCACCACCUCCACCUGUGAUGAACCAAAACAGUUCUAUUGAAAUAGCCGAAGAAGUGAACAUUGAUGAGUUUUGGGAUCAACUGAGUGAUUUGGGUGAUGGUUCCUUAGGUGCUGGUUCAGCAAACUCUGGUGGCAUGUUUGAUGAAGGCAUCGAUAAAAUGAAUGACUAG